AUGCCUCAAGCUCAACCAGAACUCAAGAAGUACAUGGAGAAGCGGUUGUUCGUGCAACUGAACGGAAAUCGCAAAGUGAUUGGUAUCCUACGAGGCUAUGAUGUGCGUGCUUUAAAUUCAAUAUUUCCACCGAAUCUUGGCCGACUAACCAAAAUCAACCCCGUCCAGGUCUUCAUGAAUAUCGUCCUCGAUGAAGCCGUCGAAGAAAAGCCUGAUGGAGGAAAGGACAGGUUAGGCAUGGUGGUCAUUCGAGGAAACUCCGUCGUCAUGCUCGAGAGCCGUGACCACCGCUAA